AUGGAAUAUAAAGGAUUAUUUGCUCCUUCUUCUAUGCUGGUCCUGGCAUCCAUCUUUUCUCAUCUGGUGACAACUAAUGGUGAUAUCACUUAUUCUGUUCCAGAGGAAAUGAAGACUGGAUAUGUAAUUGGAAAUUUAGCAAAGGAUCUGGGAAUACCUGUAAAAACGCUCUCGGCGCGGAAAGCGCGUUUGGAUUUGGAUGAUGCAAGCAUGCGUUAUUGUGAUAUUAACGUCGAUGCUGGUGAAUUGAUUGUUGCACAGAGAAUAGAUAGAGAGGACCUGUGUGGACCUAGCCCGAUUUGUUUACUUAAAUAUGAAAUCGUCCUUGAAAACCCUCUAGAAUUGCAUCACGUUAUCGUAGAGAUCCUUGAUAUUAAUGAUAAUUCACCCAUGUUCGCAAGUAACGUUAUUGAAUUAGAGAUUCAUGAAUCAGCCGACAAAGGCACCCGUUUUGCCAUUAAUGAAGCACAUGAUGUGGAUAUCGGACGGAAUAGUGUUCAGAGUUACAGGUUACAGGACAAUAAUCAUUUUUCCUUUGUUUUACAUAAGAACCAGGGUGAGGGAACCUAUGGUGAGUUAUUGUUAGAACAAGAGCUAGAUCGCGAACAGCAGCAGGAGAUGAAAUUGUUACUCACUGCCACUGACGGUGGGACUCCACGGAGAUCUGGGACAGUAGUUAUACACGUUACUGUUCUUGAUGCUAAUGAUAAUGCUCCAGUGUUCAGCCAAAAUGUUUAUAAGACUAGCCUGCCUGAAAAUUCUCCUGUUGGCACAUUGGUUUUGAGAGUGAAUGCAACAGAUGCUGAUGAAGGAACGUACGGUCAAGUCACAUAUGAAUUUGGACGUAUUUCUCGCGACGUCUCUAAAUUUUUUACCUUGGAUUCUAAAACGGGAAAUAUAUUCCUCGAUGACAGUUUGGAUUUUGAAAGAAAAUCGGUAUAUGAACUGGGCAUUAAAGCAAAAGACGCGUUGGGGCUUGCCUCUUUUGCGAGAGUAGUUAUUGAAAUUGUUGAUAUAAACGACAAUGCCCCAAUCAUACACUUGAAAUCAUUAAAUAGCCCCAUUCCUGAAAAUGCAUUACCUGGAACAGAAGUAGCCAUCAUCAAUGUACAAGACAAAGACUCUGAGGGAAACCAGCAGAUUCGUUGCGCUAUUCAUGGCAACGUUCCUUUCAAACUAAAUUCCUCAGUAAAAAAUUACUACUCUCUUGUCACUACAAGUGAGCUUGACCGUGAACUUGUAUCGGAAUACAACAUAACAAUCUCAGCUACAGAUGGGGGCUCUCCACCGUUAUCUUCCUUCAAGACUAUUCACAUGUCUGUGUCAGACGUUAAUGAUAACCCACCUGUAUUCAAAGAGCAAUUCUACAGGGCCUAUGUGCCUGAGAAUAACAAACCUGGCCUCUCCAUUUGUACGGUUAAUGCCAUAGAUCCUGACUGGAGACAAAACGGUACAGUGUUCUAUUCUCUGGUGCCUCGUGAGGUCCAUGGUGUUCAAGUGUCUUCUUUUUUGUCCAUUAAUGGAGAAACAGGAGUAAUCCAUGCUGUUCGCUCCUUCGAUUAUGAGAAAUUUAGGAGCUUUAAAGUCCAUGUUAUAGCCAGAGACAACGGUUCUCCUCCACUCAGCAGCAACGUGACUGUCAGCGUAUUCAUAACCGACGAGAAUGACAACGCUCCUCAGAUAUUAUAUCCUGCCCCAGACGGAAACUCUUACAUGACUGAGAUGGUCCCUAAGUCAGCGCUCUCUGGCUCUCUGGUCUCCAAGGUGAUAGCUGUGGAUGCUGACUCUGGUCAGAAUGCCUGGCUGUCCUAUCACAUUGUAAAAUCCCCUGAUCCUGGUCUUUUCACUAUUGAUCUUCAUAGCGGAGAAAUUCGCAUGCAGCGAGACAUUGCCGAGGUAGACAACACCAGGCAGAAUCUAAUUAUCUCAGUGAAAGAUAAUGGGCAGCCCUCUCUUUCGACAACAUGUACCUUAUAUUUAGUUAUUUCUGAUAACUUGUCGGAAAUUUCAGAACUGAUGGAAACGGCUCAUAAUGAAGAUACUUCCAAACUAACAUUUUAUUUGAUAAUUUCUCUGGUCUCUGUCUCUACAAUUUUCUUCACCUUUAUUAUUCUCGUCCUGGCCGUGAAAUUCUGUCAGAGAAAAAAACCUCGACUGCUGUUUGACGGAGCAGUUACCAUUCCUAGCGCCUAUCUCCCUCCGAACUAUGCCGAGGUGGAAGGAGCAGGAACUCUGCGUAGUUCUUACAAUUAUGACACAUACUUGACAACGGGUUCGAGAACGAGUGACUUCAAGUUCGUAACCUCUUACAAUGAGAACUCGCUGCCAACUAUCUCGACACUCAGAAAGGGAAACGAAGAUGAUAUUGACGGUUUCUUGCUGGACACACGUGUUUCAGAAGAGGUAUGUUGUAGUUAUAUACAUAUAAAAGGGAAGUAUGGAUGA